AAUAAAGAGUGCAAAACAAAAGGGUUUCCAGGUAGCGAUUCAAUAGAAAAAAACCGAAAGAAAAAAUGGCGAUGGCAAGCGUGCGAUCUGGUUUCCUCCGAACCGUUCUUCGCGGUGGUUCUCGCCCUUCUGCUACCCCCAAGCGAGGCUUCGCUUCCUCUUCUCAUCACGAUGAUGCUUAUGAAACGGCGAAAUGGGAGAAAAUAACAUAUUUAGGAAUUGCUACCUGCACUGUUUUAGCGAUUUAUAACCUAUCGAAGGGACAUCACCACUAUGAGGAGCCCCCAGCAUACCCAUAUCUGCACAUUCGCAACAAGGAAUUCCCGUGGGGUCCAGAUGGUCUGUUCGAGAAGAAACACCACUAGGACAACGGUUGGCCUAUUGGACACAAUCUUUCUGAGUUUAGCACAUUUUCUUCAUUUGUCAGACAGAUCAAUCAGAUAACUGUGAAUCUUUUCUUGGAUGUUAAUUUGAGCACUUUCAUUUUGCUUUCUGGAUUUCAAGACUUGCAUUGCAUUGCAAGUUGAUUAGGCUUUCUGUAUGGUUGCGUCUACCAUACUCUGUUUCCAAAUAAGAUUAAUGAUGGUUUGGAUUGUUUUCUUUCGACCUCACUUUCUUAGCUAUUGUUGUAUUGCUACUCAAUAAACUAUACGGAACGAAAUUUUCUUUUCCAA